AUGCCCCCUGGAGGGAUCAAGUCCGAUGGGACUGGGCACAUCGCUCUCGAUGAUGUCGAACAUGCACCGUCUGGCAAGGUCGCGUUGAUGUCCGUUUUCACGACAGCCCACAAGUACUCAAACCCACGCCUCAACAUUGCCAUUCAUGUUGUUGGCUCUCGCGGAGAUGUUCAACCUUUCAUCCCAAUCGCCCAGAUGCUGUCUAGGCCACCUUUCAACCAUCGAGUGAGGAUCUGCACACAUCCUGUUUUCAAGGACUUUAUUGAAGGACACGGUAUUGAAUUCUUCAGUAUCGGCGGCGAUCCGGAGGCUCUCAUGGCCUACAUGGUGAAAAACCCAAGUUUGCUGCCGAGUCUUAAGAGUGUUAAAGAUGGAGAUAUUAGUAAGAGGCGCAAAGAAAUGUGGGAGAUCAUGCAUGGCGCAUGGCGCAGCUGUAUCGAGGCUGGUGAUGGAAUGGCAGGCCCGAUAAAGGCAGCCAAUAUACAGUCGCCUAAAGAUCUCUUUAUUGCCGAUGCUAUUAUAGCUAAUCCCCCAUCUAUGGCUCAUAUACAUUGCGCUGAAAAGCUAGAUACAGCAGUGGCUAAUUACCUGUCUUUUAUGAUGCUUGAGCUUCUGACGUGGCAAGGGCUUGGAGACCUAAUCAAUAAGCUCCGCACCCAGAUAUUACGCCUUAAUCCGAUCAGUCCUAUGUGGGGGUAUCAGCUUCUCUCUAGGCUCCGUGUGCCACAUAGCUAUCUAUGGUCGAAAUCUUUAAUUCCCAAGCCGUCUGACUGGGCCUCUCACAUCAAUGUCACCGGCUUUUCAUUUUUACCGUUGGCAUCCUCUUAUACCCCCCCGCCAGAUCUAGUCACGUUCCUAGAAAAGGGUACCCCGCCCAUAUAUAUCGGAUUUGGCUCAAUAGUGGUUGAAGACCCGCAAGCUCUUAGGAACUUAGUCUUUGAUGCUGUCAAACUUGCUAACGUUCGCGCUGUCGUCUCUCAGGGCUGGGGCACGCUAGGCGGUGAAGACGUUGGCGUACCAGAAAAUCUAUAUCUUAUUGGCAACUGCCCUCACGACUGGCUCUUUCAGCGCGUUUCUGCUGUUGUGCAUCACGGGGGUGCUGGCACCACGGCUGCAGGUAUUGCUGCUGGGCGGCCUACUGUUGUUGUUCCCUUCUUUGGCGACCAGCCAUUCUGGGGACAAAUGAUAGCACGAGCAGGCGCUGGUCCAACUCCAAUACCUUUCAAGAAAAUGACAACAGAGUCUUUAGCGGCAAGCAUACUAUUUGCACUCAAUCCAGAAGUUAAAGAAGCAGCACAAAGAUUGGCACAGAUCAUUAUGCAGGAGGACGGAGCCAGCAAUGCAGCUAUGGAUUUUCUAAACCGAUUAGAUGUCGACGAACUACGAUGCGACUUAUGCCCAGACAGGCUGGCGAUAUGGAAACAUAAGUCAACCGGCACUCGUCUCAGCGGUUUCGCCAUGACCUGCCUAGUCGACAAGAAGCUAGUCCAGCCGAACGACAGCAAGCUCCUUCAGCACAGGCACUGGUAUGUUAAUGAGGGUGCUGAGCACCCUAUAAUCGGUGCUGUGGCAGCUGCCUCCGGACUUUUCACAGCUUUAGGUACGGCAGCAAGUGACUAUCAUGGCCGCCUAAAAGGGCGCCAUAGGCCGGUAACGUCUUCGAGCGAGAUGCUUCAUCAACCUUCAUCAUCUCCGACCAUUGUCGAUGAAGGUGCAGAAUUUCCCACGUCCUCAAGGGAUAAUACCAAGGACCAUGAUGGGAUCCUCAAGGGAUUCUUGUAUUCCAAUCCACUGACACCCAUGGAGAUGGAAACCAUAGCUUACAAAAUAGCUACCAAGUCGCUUCGUACAGCCGAACCUGAUGUUGCCAAAACUCAGAGAGCGCCAACAGUGUAUGAUAAGCAGAAAGCGGCUUGGCGAGCACAGGAACAAGGUAUAAAUGGCCAUGCGUACUAUAUCGCACGCGCCACGGGACGAUUUGCUGUCGACGUAACCAAGGCAAGCCUGAGAGCGCCUGUUGCGCUUUUUUACAAUGUUGCGAAUGGCUUUCACAAUUAUCCCUCGUACAGUUUCGGCGCGACAGAAGUACGACGGCGUGGGGAGAUCACCGGUUUAGGAAGUGGUCUCCGGGUUGCAGGCGAAGAAUUCGCGCUGGGAUUCUGGGACGCCUUUAGCGGUCUUGUUAUGAAGCCAUACGAGAGCACGAAGGAUGAGGGCGCAAGGGGGUUUAGCAAAGGCGUGCUCCGUGGCGCGAGGGGCUUUGCAUAUAAUCUCGGAGCUUCAAUAUUUGCUGUACCAGGCUACGCCCUCAAGGGUGUUGAAAAGGAGCUAGCAAAGCAUCGGCUUACUAAAUUGAAGAGCGAGGUGUUGUUAAUCAGAUUGAGACAGGGUAUAGAGGAUUUUCGAACCGCUGCUCCAGAAGAAAGGGCUGCAGUGGUGACAUUAUGGGAAUCAAGGCGUAGAUAG